GUCGCUGGAGUGCCGCCGGCGUUGUAUGCGCUGUAUGUUUUCGUGUUUCAAAGAACCAUUUUCAGUUCUAGUCAUAGUGUAGUGUCGUCGUAAUAUCGUUGGAUAAAACAUAUCUUCAUUUAACGCCAGUAUGUGUUUCUCUACUGUGUUUCGACGUAAGAUGGACUGAAUCUGGACAUGUUCAUGCUUAUUUGGAUGGCGAUCAAACCAAAAUAACCGCAGAUUUAAAACCAAUGGCUUACAAAUUCCCAAGUCAACUUUUCCCGUCUCAUUUCAACGCCGGACCACCUAGAGGGGUUUUGAAGCACAACGUCGGGAAAUGCGGUUCGUACGAGCGCAUUUUGGGGGUGAACGCAGCGUCUAACCAGAGCUCCAGCAGUCUUGGUGACUGGACAUUUACAUCCAGACAUCAAGUUAAAGGAGGAACAUGGCUCCCGAGUGAACCUGUAGUAAACCCCCUUCUGUAUCCUGGAGCAGAUUAUCGUUGGUCCAUAGCUCACCCAGAUCCAGUGGACUGCACGGAGCACAUGGCAAAUUUCUACCAAGACAACUACAAAGAUGCGUUCUACUCAAUGAGCAGUAUUUUGGAGGACCACAUUGAAAUUGAAAGGAGAAGAGGAAAGAAAACUAUGAAGGACUCGGUUUACAUGCGGGGGGUUAAAAGCUUCAUGACCAACCUCGAAUAUAAAAAAGGUGGAUAUUCACAUGUCAGCACUGUUGUAACCGACUAUGAAAGGCUGUUGGCUGAUGUCAUCCAUGACAUCCCUCCUGAGCUGUUGGCUGAUCUGCUCCAUGAGGAACUGACAGAACAGAGGGACAAGAAGCAGUUCUCUGAGCGCUUCACAGGGGGCACCCUAGCCUUUGUCCCAUUCACAGAAGCCAGCUCCAGUGCCGCACAACAUGGCUGCCUCAUCUGCCCGGGGAACCAAGGCCUUGACUGCCUCAAUUUCCAAAAGAUUGUGCUGCGGUCACAGGACUCGAUGGCCCCCUGUCUGGAGCUACAUCACAAACCCUUUCAUUUCAAGCUAAAGAGUCCAGCCAGACAAAUCAGCUCUGUCUCACUCCUCAAUGAAAGUUGUGUUGCAGUGCGCUCAGAUUACCUAUGUGGGGUUUGGAGACUGGGCAUGUGUUUGGAGCCACAUCUCCUUGAGGUCAUUCACACCAAACAGUCCACCACCUGCAUCAGUGCCAGCCCCCAUGUGCUUGGUGAGGUGCUGGUGGCCAGUGAGAGUGGAGCAGUACACCUCUGGACAGUCGGAAAGGGAGUGCAGAAGUGGCGUAAGGAUGACAGCAACCUGUACUUCAACGCCAGAUCUCAGUGGCGAUGGUGUGAGUUCUCGGCCCACCCCAGAGUGAUAGUGUACGCAGACAGAACCGGCGCUGAGCUCACAGACAUCAGGGCUGGUUCGAGUCACACUCUGUUUCGGAUCGGUCAGAGCCCCGAGUGUAGGAGCGGGGAAAGGGUCAUACUGACUAAAUACCUGGGAGACGUCCACUCCUUCCACCACCUUAUAACCACACAGAACUCUGCUUAUAUCAUGGAUGAGCGAUUCCCCUGCAUGCCCAUGUUGAAGUGGGAUCACAUGAUGCAGUGCCCGCCCAUGUUUUGUCAGGUUCUUCGCAGUUCCGCCUCUUCCUGUUCUGUGAUGGGUGUGGCCGAUGCCACCACGAUUCUGCUUGGCUCUCAGACAUCUCAGGAAAUCUUCCUUUUUCAGUAUUCAGGUGGUAGAUCUGAGGCAUGUGUCAGCCUCGGUCCUCCUCAGGCAUUGCUGAGACCCAGGGACAGUUUGAACCACCUUCCUGUCCAGAUCCCACACCGCCGGGACACUGCGAACAGCAGACUGUCCCUACCUGCAGCAGGUCUCACCUGCAUCCAGAAAGGAGAGGGCGGAAGCUCUGAGGAAUGUGUCUGCAUUCUCCAGCUGACAGAAGCAGGAGACAUUUUUUAUCAGAUCCUAACACGUCUAUGGCCAGAGGCCAAAACAACUCGGUCACAAACUAAACAAGAACAUCUCUUAUCACAAGUAAUCGUAUCAGAAACUCAGCUGUGCGAAACGAACACUCUUAUUGAUGAGGAAAUAAUAGGACCAACUCAGGAUCUAAAGGUUCAUGAAUAUGUGGCUGAAACACCAGAGAGAGAGCAGCCAUCACACAAUGUUAGCAGAACUGACAGCUGGAGGAGAAGGACUAUGUCUGAGAUCUCUGCUUCCUCCUCAGAGGAUUUGGAGUCAAAAGGGAGACACCACGACCUGGCAAGUUGGGGACUUGAGAUGGUUGUCAAUGAUGAGUCAGAUCCAGAACAGAGGGGUUUGGUAGCCACAGAAGUCAAAAAUGUCGGUGUGAUAAAUAAUAAAGAAAAAAACUCUGGUAAAGCUGGUUUUACUCUCUGGGGGAGGAAGGAAAAUGUCAGUUUUGCUUAUGGUUUGGUACCCAAUGUUCCCACCAAUAAACCGAGGGCCGUCAAGCUCAGUGAUGAAGCCCUGCUCACAUGGAGACGUUGGCUACUGAAACUAGUGAAGAACAAGUACAAGAACAUGGACCUACAAAAAACCACCUUCAAUACAAAAGCUCUCCUUAUCCAGCCCAGCAAAAGGAAUAUUGACCCAUGUGAUGGAGACCCUCUGCAGAGCCUGAGACAAGACCUGAGAGGGUGCAUGAUGAAGGGCUCAUUGCUUGUUCACAGCGCCACCUAUCCUCAGCCCUUGGAACAAUUACCGAUACCAAACCCAGUGGACACCACAAGAUGGUGUGAUGACCUCAGCCAGGUCCUCACUCUCUCCUGGCAGGGAGAAGAACUGUGGAAGAAUUGGUGGGUUGAGAAGUUGGGGUUGAACAGAGAUGAGAAAAUGGAUGCACUCAGGAGAAAGAGGAGGAGGCAGAAGGAGGCAAAGAGGGCCCACCAGCACCUGGGACUUUCUGGGAGCUUUACUUCAUCCAUUAGCUACCAAUCAGAUUUUGAUGAUCACUUUAGUUUGUUGGGUUCGUUCCCAUCAACCAGCCAGGAGGUAUGGUCAGAGGGGGAUGAAUUCAUGUCCCAGUCAGAAUCUUGGUCAGCACCUGAAACACACAGAAAGACAUCAAGAGCCAUCUCACUGAAUCCUACACUGACUGAUAGACCUCAAAAACUGCAACAGCCACGGGGUGAGCAACAAAGGUCCACUCUUAGUGGUCCGCCCUCCCUCUCAUCCUCCCGGCUUGAUGUGAACUUAUCGGCCAUUUUACCCAGACAGAGGCCUCAGGACUGCCUCGACUCUCUGUUUGGCUCCCAGGAGUCCUCACAACUUCACUAUACAACAGACGCAGACCCCGUCGUCAUCUCUCACCCUAUCUCAUCCUCAUACCCCACUGCCGCCUCCAUUGGUGUCCCCAAGAGGACCAUGAUGGUGGAUCUGUCUCAGCCUCGGAGUGACUUGUCCAGGGCGAGUCUCUCUCAAUCGGUCUCCCUCUCCCAGUCCUCACAGGGUAAACCCAAGAGUAAGAAGUCUCGGAUGGGAUUCUGAAAGCGCCCCCCGUUUUUUUGUUGUCCCCCCCCCCCCAAUAAAAAGUCAA